UCUGCUUUUCAGUGAAUUGGUAAGAGGUUGAACGGAAUGCAAACUUGAUGUUUGCGAAAGGAAACUAUGUGGGUUUUUUUUGUAUAUGAAUGGCUUUUGUCGUAUAGCCUGCCGUGUGCGCAAGAACGGGCAAUGCAUGAAACAUUGUGUUCUUGUUGGUUGGGAUGUAGCAACGCUUGCUAACUGUGUUAACAUUUCAACCAAGCUGACUUUGUGAAACAGUUUUUUCUUUCCAAAUCGCCAAAUUGUGAGAAACAAAAAAUGACAACCAAGUACGAGCGACUGAAAGUUAUAGGGAGGGGCACGUUUGGGCUUGCCUGGUUGACUAGGUCCAAAUCGAGUCAGAGACUGUACGUUUUGAAGGAGGUUGUCUUGAGCGGAAUGACCGAGAAAGACCGGCACCAGGCCGUGAAUGAAGUCGCUAUCCUGGCCGGCUUGAGGCACGCCAACGUGGUGCGUUACCGGGAGGCGUUUGUUGAUGGUGGAAUGCUGAAUAUUGCUAUGGAAUAUGCCGAUAAAGGCGAUUUGGGCGAAAUCAUCAAAACAAACAAGCAGGCCAAUGAGCACUUCCCAGAAAGUCAAAUAAUGGAUUGGUUUGUGCAGAUAUGCUUCGCAUUGCGUUAUAUACACGCUAAAAAGAUACUUCACAGAGAUCUGAAGCCACAGAAUAUUUUCAUGACGAGCCAGGGAAUCAUCAAAGUAGGAGAUUUCGGGAUCGCAAGAAUGCUACGAGAUACCAAUGACCACGCCAAUACUGCAAUAGGGACACCUUACUAUAUGUCACCAGAGAUAUGCCGCAGAAAACCCUACAACCAGAAGAGCGAUAUGUGGGCAGCUGGGUGUGUUCUCUAUGAGAUGACGUCAUUGGUGCAUCCCUUUGAAGCUACCGACUUUUCAACUUUGGUCUUGAGGAUACUAAGAGGCAGAUACAAAUCGAUACCAAGACACUAUGGACCACUUUUGGAAGAUUUAAUCGCUGUGCUCUUGCGAGUUGAUCCAGACCGCCGGCCCUCUGCCGACCAGCUCCUGGCAAUACCUGGGAUUCACGUCCAUGUGCUGGCCUACACCAACCGAUGCAAGACCCACAGCUUGCCGGUCACAGUGGCUGCUGAAAGUAGAAGAAGUUCUAGCUCCCAAUACGUGGAAGAGGGUGGGGGGAGGACUCAGAAUGGCCAUUCAAGAAAGAGCUCAAGGGUACAUCAGAUCUUGGAGGACUCUGCCGUGACGUCUAGGAGGCAUUCUGUGGCAUCGGAAAGGGGUUGUGACCGAACAAGUUUUGGUGCUCAAUGUCCGGAGUCAGACAACAAAUUCAGACGAAAUUCUUGUGGAAAUAUUACCAACAAUGUCACAAAUGACAUGAAAGAUAGGGGUGAGUAUACAAGCAAGUGUACCGUUGAUAAUUCAACGAGAGCUCGACCUGAUGCAUCGUGCUUGAAGACGGGUCACCGGGCGUCCAUCAUCACGCAUGAGAGGUUGCAAUCCCCAGGCUCCACCGGUGAGUCAGUUCGUCAUGAGGCUGUGAAGAAGAGGUGCUCAUCGUUAGACAUUGUCGACAAAGUGAGAUCAGAAUGUAGUGCGUCUUUGAGGGUUGUUGCUUCAAACCUGAGCAGAGCACCACGUCAAUGUGUGAAAUCAGAUAGGAAAGAAAGGAUGCACCCCAAAACGACGAAGCAAGCCAGUGGUGACGAAUCGAAUACAUCCAUUCUCGACCUGUUCACUCUUGAAAGCAAAGACAGAGCAAACAACAACCGAUCCCUGAAGAAGUCCACCUAUGUUCUGGAAACACCGUCAACAACCAGUAAAGCUCAGCAUAAAAAGUCCACGUAUGUCAUGGAAACGCCGUCAACAACCGUCAAAGUUCAACAUCAAAGACAAGCUUUCGCGAAAGAGAUCACCGCAAAGACUGAGGUGGCGGGUCUGAGAGAUACCCAAAAUGGCGUACAAUAUGGUGACAGCUUACGGGAGAAAACGAAGGACUGCACUCUGCGUGACGGUCUGAUCCAACAGGACAAGCUUAAUUCAUGGAUGGAAACCAACAAAAAUGGUCUUUGGAACACCGUAGUGGAGGGACGGCAACGUGGCAAAUCACCGGACAACAGUUUAGCUGAUUAUGCUUCUUCUUCAAGAGGACUAAAAGAUGAACAAGUUAUGAGAAGUAAAGACAUGAAUGAGUGUCUGUUUCGAUGUCGACUCCAGGCCGGAGACUCGCCACAAACCAUCCGCGGGAAAAAGGAGACACUUCUCGUCUAUCUCGAAGACAGUAUUGGCGCGGAAUCAACCUUGUUGUGUUUAAAUCUUGUCAAAAUGGCGUCUGGGCGUAAAGUUUGCCCGGUGCCCGAUGAAGGUGUGCUGAGGGCGAUAGAGGGCGUGCUUGGAAAGGACCACAUGACGUGUGUACCAGCUUUGAUUCAUUUGCAUAAUCUGGAGCAGAGUUGCGAUUGGCUGUCGGCUUGAUGAUGUAGGGGAAGUCUGACGGGUUUUGACAUUGCAAGAGGUAGUUUUCCGGCAGUGUUGAAAUUUAUAUAAAAGUACAAUUUGUCAAAGUUUUUGAAACACAUAAUGCUUUCAGUUUAUAGAUGAUGUCUUAAUGAUAUGAUGGGUUUGUUUUGUCAAUGUUAACGUAGUAUUUGUCUCUUUGUUGCUUAUAGUUUAAACUCACAAUUGUCGUCACUUACUUUUUCUUUCCUUUUCAAGUUUAGCUAGGU